GAAACACCCUUGGUUUUAUUCUCGUUCUAGGAGAACCGAUUGUCGACAUAUCUGGACUAAACGAGCUCCAUAUGGCACCGCUAUACUCGCCGUUAAAGAGCAUACCCAAUUUUCGCGAUGUUGGCGUCUUCAUCAACGAUGCUACUGCCUCGAGGCUUGUGAGGGCUGGUAUACUAUUUCGUGGGGCUCGGCCCGACGAGGCGUCGUAUCAAGACAGGCAAAGGCUGGUCCAGGACUACGGGCUGAAGAGCAUUAUAGACCUGCGGACAAAGACAGAGCACAUUGAACAGGCCCAAAAGCGAGAUGCGAGGAUCAAGGCUUCCGCAGCAGCCCCCCAGACGAAUGACGACGCCGCUGAGCCCCUUAAGAUCCCCGAGAUUACCUACCACGAAAUCAACUUCAAUGGCUCCUCCUUCUCCCGCAUGCUCAUCUCAAAGCUAUCCUGGAUGGAGUUCUUUCGGCUGAUCGGGCUUAUGCUGUUCGGCUACCGCCUCGAUGCCAUCAAGAUUCUCGCGCCCCACAUGGAGGCGAUGGGUCUCGUAGGGCUGGCUGUCGCUUCCCUCGACGUAUGCACCUCUGAGGUGAAGCAGGUCUUCGAUGUGUUGGCGGAUGAGCAGAAUUGGCCUGUUCUUAUCCACUGCACGCAGGGCAAGGACCGGACAGGGCUGAUCGUUAUGCUACUGCUGUUCCUGCUCGAGGUCCAUGUGGACAUUGUGAACGAGGAUUAUCUGCUGUCAGAGCCUGAACUCGAAGCAGAGAGGCCCGGACGGGUGAAGGAGAUCCAGAGCAUUGGACUGUCGGAGCAAUUCGCGCUCUGUCCUCCGGAUGUGGUAACAAGCGUGCAUGAGCAUAUCGGGACGAAGUACGGGGGCGUGGAGGAGUACCUGCAGAGCGUUGGAGUUACAAACGAGGCGGUAGAACGUGUGAAGGAUAUCUUGCAAGCAGACGCAUAA